AAACCAAAACAAAACCCUAAAAUUUUAUUAUUUGGCCCAAAACUAUGCAACAAAUACGCAACUUUGCGACCAUAAAAACCUCUUCUGGUGGAGUGUGGCAAGGCGAUAAUCCUCUAAAUUAUGCCUUCCCAUUACUAAUAGUUCAAGCAAUUCUAGUUCUCUUCGUCACCCGCUUCCUCACUUUCCUUCUAAAGCCCCUUCGACAACCACGAGUUGUUGCAGAAAUAAUUGGCGGAAUUCUGCUUGGACCAUCAGCUCUUGGCCGGAACAAAGACUUGCUGGAAAUUGUUUUUCCUUCAUGGAGCACUCCUAUACUAGAAUCAGCGGCAAGUUUGGGUCUUCUUUUCUUUCUCUUCCUAGUAGGUCUCGAACUGGACUUAACCUCAAUCCGUCGUACCGGAAAAACAGCUUUCGGCAUAGCUCUUGCUGGAAUCUCCCUCCCUUUCCUAUUCAGCAUUGGAGUGUCGUUCCUUCUUAGAAAAACCGUUCAUGGUAUGGACAAGGUUGGUCAUAUCCAAUGUAUAUUGUUCAUCGGAGUUUCUCUAUCCAUUACUGCUUUUCCUGUUCUUGCUCGUAUUCUAGCAGAACUCAAACUUCUAACCACCCAAGUCGGCCAAACCGCCAUGGCUGCAGCUGCAUUCAACGACGUAGCAGCAUGGAUCUUGCUAGCCCUAGCUGUAGCACUCGCCGGAAAUGGCUCUACCGGUGGGGCGGGUCAUUCCAGCUCCAACCCUUUAACAUCUAUAUGGGUUCUUAUUUCUGGAAUUGCUUUUAUUGCUUUCAUGUUCAUUUUUGUUCGACCGCUGAUGAAUUGGGUUGCGCGGCAAUGCACGCCAGGACAAGAUGUAGUGGACGAAGCAUACGUUUGUUUAACCUUAGCCGGAGUAAUGUUGUCCGGGUUUAUGACCGAUCUUAUCGGAAUACAUUCAAUAUUUGGUGCAUUUGUGUUUGGUUUAAUGAUCCCUAAAGAAGGAGAAUUUACAGGGAGAUUGAUUAAGAGGAUAGAAGAUUUUGUUUGUGGUUUGCUACUUCCGCUUUACUUUGCUUCGAGUGGGUUAAAGACAGAUGUGGGGAAAAUCCGAGGAGCUGAAGCAUGGGGACUUCUGGCGUUGGUAAUAACGACGGCUUGUGUAGGUAAGGUUGUCGGAACAUUUGCGGUGGCUAUGGUGUGCAAAAUUCCGAUGAGAGAGUCUUUGGCGCUUGGAGUUUUGAUGAAUACAAAAGGUUUGGUGGAGCUCAUUGUUCUUAACAUUGGCAAAGAGAAAAAGGUGCUGAAUGAUGAGUUGUUUGCUAUUUUAGUUCUGAUGGCCCUCGUUACCACCUUCAUGACAACUCCAACAAUAAUGGCCAUUUACAAGCCAUCAACUCGUACCUUCCGAGUGGAAACUCAAUCAUCAACUCGACAAAACUCUCAACACACUGCGAGAAUUCUAGCUUGCGUUCAUAAUCCAGACAAUUUACCUUCAAUUCUCAAUCUCAUCGAAUCAACUACGACUCCCCAAACAUCGUCUCUCAAGCUCUAUCUAAUGCACCUUGUUCAACUCACCGAUCGAUCAUCUUCGAUCAUGAUGGUUCAACGCACUCGAAGGAACGGUUUUCCUUUCGUUAAGAGAUUGAUCUCCCGGACCAGCCGUAGUGAUGAUCAAAUAGCAGUCCCGUUUAAUGUUCACGGAAAAGUUGGAGAUGGCCGCGUUAAAAUUCGGCAGUCAACUUCUGUGUCGGUAUUGUCGACAAUGCAUGACGAUAUUUGCAAUUUAGCGGAAAGUAAAUGCGUAGAUUUGAUAAUUUUGCCGUUCCACAAGAAAUGGAAUGACGGGACAGAGGAAGUUGAUGCUGGAUUACGAUUUGUCAAUCAAAAUGUUCUUGCGAGUGCUCCAUGUUCCGUAGCCCUACUUGUGGACCGUGGAUUUAGUUGCGCGGAUCGGAAGGUUUGUAUUCUGUUUUUUGGCGGCUCCGAUGAUCGCAAGGCUCUUGAAAUGGGUGGUUGGAUGGCUGAACACCCGAGAAUUAGUACUACUCUGAUAAGAUUUCGACAACAACAAGCUUUCGAAUGUAUAGACACAUCAAAGGAAGAAGAUGACGAAGUAGCAGUGGCGGAAUUCCAAGGAAAAUGGAAUGGAUUGGUUGAGUAUAUAGAGAAGGAUAUGAAGAAUAUAAGGGAGGAGAUGAUGAACAUAGGAAUGAACUUCAGUUUGGUGAUUGUGGGGAAGGGAGCUACCGUAACGGAACUAGAACAUCCUGAGCUAGGCCAUACAGGCGUUGUUUUAGGUGCAUUAGAAUUGAGCAUCACAGCCUCUGUGCUAAUUAUCCAGCACCACAAUCCGAUAAUGUUGAAAUGAUUAAUUACGAAAUGAUAAUAUAGUGAUCAGAAGCGUGUUCAUGCUUGAUAAAAACUCCGCAGAUAGUCUCUGCUUGCAUAGUCUAGCUGUAGAGACAUUAUAUUUUGGUAUGUGAGUUGCAAUUUCAAUAUUCUCCUCUCUGUUGUAAAUUUUAAAAAUCAGUAAUAAAAAGUGUGGGAAAUGGAUUAUGGAA